AGCAAAUAAAGGAAUUUAAUAAUUAAUAGAAUUAGAUAAAUUUCCUAAUUUAGAAGUUUUAUGGUUAAAUAAUAAUAAAGUAAAAAAAUAAAAAAAAUAAAAAUAAAAUAUUAAAAUAGUUAGAAAAAAUAUAAGGUUUAGAUUGUAAUUUUAGAAUAAAGCAUUUAUAUUUAUAAAAUAAUAAAUUAAAAACAUUAAUCGGAAGUAUAAAGUAUUUAAAACAUUUAGAAACUUUACUUUUAUACAAUAACGAAUUAAGAGAUUUAGAUUUAAAUUUAUAAACUUUAGCAGAUUUAACAAAUUUAAAAUAAUUAGAUUUAUUUGAUAAUCCUUUAUCUGAAGAACCUAAUUAUAGACUUAGAGUUAUAUAUGCAUUACCAUGGGUAAAAAUAUUAGAUAGACAUUAUGUCUCAUUUGCUGAAAAUAAAAAGCUAAAUAAUUGAUGGAAAAGGAUUUAUAAUUUGCUAAGAAAAAAAAGAAUUAGAAGUUAAAGUUAAAAUUCCUCCCUCUGGCUAAUUUUCCUAAGGAGAAAAAGAUUUAUAUAUAGAAGUUAAUAAUAUAAAGAAAAUGUAGAAAGAAUAAAUUGAAAAAGAAAAAUAAGCUGAAAUUUUAUUAAAAACAGGGAAAUUAAUUGUACACAAUCCUAAUAAAUUACCAAUGACAAAAGAAGAAGAAGAAAUGUAAAAAAGAAAAAAAGAACAACCCUUUAGUCUAAUUUCAGAAUGGGAUAAAAACCUUUUAAUUCCUUUAUUUAAAUAAUAUGAUAAAGAUAAAAAAGGAGUGAUUUCUAUAGAAAAAUUAAAUGAAAUUUAUGAUCAUUUAAUUGAAGAUUAAUUAUUUAUUGGAAAAGUGCCUUCUUGCUCAAAAGAAGAUUUUUUUAUAUUGAUUUAAGGUGAUAAUUAUUAAUAAUAAAAUGAAAAUUAACCUUAGACUAUUUAAUGGGAUGAUUUUAAAUUUAAUUUAAAUAAAAUUUUCUGGAUAAAACCAGAUUAUCUAACUACUAAAAAAAAAAUUAAAGAAUUAUAUUAUAUAGCUAAUAAAAAAGGAAAUAAAGAAGAUUUAUAUAAAGCCAUUAAAUUAGAAAGUGCUUUAGAAUAAGAACAUAAUAAUUAAUA